AUGGAACGAAAAGGGUUUCUAUCCAAGUUCGACUUUUUGGAAAGUGCUAUAAAGAAUAGGAAACUCAAUCUUGAAGAUAUCGCUAUAUUAAUGGAUUCCGACAAGGUUUUUGACAUUAAUUCAUUCCUUGAUCAUUUCAUUUGGAAGCCCACCGCGGUACCAGGGAAGCUGGAUUCACUUUUCCUUCGAUGGAACCGAUCGUGCCUAGCUCUGGGGCUGGCCGUUGGGAACCGAACAUGCCCAAGGGUUGGCCUGAAUGCAUCGCUGGAUUUGACGCGGUUUAAGAAAAAGUUCAGAGGCAUACCACCGCAAACCCGGAGCAUAAUUUUGUUUUUUCUUCAGGUUUAUCAUAAAAACGGUAUAUAA